GUCCAGGUUCCAGUGCGAAGCAUCGUAGAAUGCAUUUUGCACAUUCUCCAUGAAAUCCAACAUGUCGCUGUCACUAGCGAAUCAUGCUGAGGGCGCGCAGAAAAUCGAGAGUUGAAGCUUGCUUAACAGAGGGAUGAGCGAUAGUGACAAGCGUGGAGCUUAGCCGCGGCUGCAGGGCGCUAGUCCCCGCCGCGCUUGCACAAAAAGUUCGAAUGCGACUGCCGAAACUUCUUCGAGCAUCAACACCAAGUUCACGCAAUACCACAACACCGCCAAAAUGCCCAAGUCAAAGCGUGCCAAGGUCGUUCACCUCACCAAGACGGACAAGAAGGGCAAGGAGCUCUCUCAGAAGCUCUUCGCCAAUGUCCAAGAGGCCGCUGAAAACUUCGAGCACAUAUUUGUCUUCUCUGUUGAGAACAUGCGCAACUCGUACCUCAAGGAAGUGCGCGCUGAAUUUUCUGACAGCCGAUUCUUCUUUGGCAAGACCAAGGUCAUGGCCAAAGCCCUGGGCAUCACGCCUGCUGAGGAGCACCUCACCAACCUGUCCGAGCUCACCAAGCACCUCGCUGGCAACGUCGGUCUCUUCUUCACGAACCGCGAGCCCGCUGAUGUCCUCGAGUACUUUGCCGCAUACUCGCAGACCGACUUUGCGCGCGCUGGUGUGACCGCCACUCAGACCUUCACAAUCCCGGCCGGUGUUGUGCACUCGAGAGGUGGUGAGGUGCCAGCAGACGAUGACGUCCCGCUGCCUCACAGCGUUGAGACUACCAUUAGGAAAUGGGGCAUGCCGACCAGGUUAGACCAGGGCAAGGUCACCCUCGAUGCGCCCUACACAGUGUGCAAGGAGGGUCAGGUCAUGAACAGUCACCAGACUGCGCUGUUGAAGAUGUUCGGCGUUGCUAUGGCAGACUUCAAGAUCGACAUCAAGGCAUACUACUCGAAGAAGACUGAGGCCGUCAUUGAGGUUGACGCCAUGGAGGACUAAGGCUCCUGCAAGACUGUAUAUGCAUCUGGGCGGCGUUGCAAGGCGUUGAUUUGGGUUCUGGAAAAGUUUAAUAGUUCCGCUUACUAUUGUCAGAUCUACACGAGCUUAACAUCAAUAUACCCUCUUAUGUUGACACUACUAGCCUUUGGUUCAGUCAAGGUGAUACAAGGACGGCUUUGCGCACGUGUUGCAUAUUAUUAUUAAAGGGCAAGCUUUUAAGUCGAAUUGAACUAUAUAC